GUUUGUACUAUUUAAAGAUAUCAUUAGUCAAAGAGAAUCAAAUUAGAAAAAGAUGUUCAAACUCAUUAUCCUUUCGUUGUUCUCGGCCGUCUUGGCAAGAAAUAUCUACUGGCAGAACGAGAGAGACAAUCUUCGAUCGAACCUCCAAGAAGUUCUUGACGUGGAAGUCGAAUGGAUGAAAUUUAAAUCAUUACACAACAAAGUUUAUGCCAACGAAGAAGAAGAAGAUUUGAGAAAAAAGAUUUUUGGUAUGAACCACAGGUUCAUAAUGGACCACAACCAACUCCACGAAAAAGGUGAAAGGUCAUUCACUGUUGGGAUCAAUCAAUUUGCUGACAUGACUGUUCACGAGUUCAAAGAGACAAUGAACGGACUGAAAAUAAACGUUGAAAGGGCCAGAGGGUCAACAUACUUGUCACCCAACAUCAACAUGACAUUGCCCACUGAGGUCGACUGGAGAAAGAAGGGACUCGUCACCCAAGUCAAAGACCAGAGUUAUUGUGGAUCAUGUUGGGCUUUCAGCACAACCGGUUCAUUGGAAGGUCAACACAUGAGGAAGACAGGAGAGUUGGUCGAACUCAGUGAGCAGAACCUUGUCGAUUGCACUGUCAGUUAUGGUAACAACGGUUGCUUGGGAGGUUACAUGGACAACGCUUUCAAAUACAUCAAAGAUAACAAAGGCAUUGACACUGAAACAACUUACCCAUACGAGGCUCUGGAUAAAAAAUGCAGGUUCAAAAAGAACAAAAUUGGUGCCACCGUGACCGGAUUUGUCGACAUUCCAGAAGACAGCGAAGAAAAAUUGCAAGAAGCCCUAGCCACAGUUGGACCUGUGUCUGUUGCCAUCGAUGCUAGCCACAAAUCGUUCAUGUUCUACAAAUCAGGUGUUUAUGAUGAGCCAGAAUGCAACCCUGAACAUUUGAACCAUGCGGUGCUUGCUGUUGGCUAUGGAAGUAUCGAAGGAAAGGAUUAUUACAUCGUCAAAAACAGCUGGGCUACAUCAUGGGGUGACAAAGGCUACGUGUACAUGAGCAGGAACAAGGAAAACCAAUGUGGAAUUGCCAACAUGGCCAGUUACCCUCUCGUCUAACAAAACACGUCAACGUUUUCAGAUCAUUUUUACUGAUUUCGCAUUCAAAACUAUUUUUAUGACAACUCUCAUAAAUAUUGUAAUAUUUCUGUUAUUUGAUUCAAAAUUUAAUGAUGCUAUUUUUCAAAUGUUCUUUGUUGAUAAUUUUUUAUUAUCAGACUGUUUCAAUUCUGUUUCACUCGAUCUCCUCUUUCAAAAUAAAAA